AUGAGGGAUGGGAAUAAUGCAUUAUUCUAUGCAUAUCUCAAAACCAAACAAAAAGCCAAGAGUAUUACUAUGCUAAGGAAAAUGGAUAGAACUACUAUUACCAAUCAAAUUGAGUUUGAGCAGGAAAUCCUUGAUUUUCAUGGCAGCCUCAUGGGAGCAGAGAGUCCUAACCUAGCCCAUAUUGAUGUUGAAGCCAUGAGAAAAGGGAAGCAACUUAGUUGGGAGCAAAGGGAGUUUCUCCAAAGCCAUAUCAUUAUGCAGGAAAUUGAAAAUGCCCUUAAGGGGAUUGGUAAUUUGAAGAGUCCAGGUAUUGAUGGGUAUGGAGCUAAAUUUUUCAAAUCUAGCUGGAGUAUCAUCAAAGAGGGUGUUGCUGCAACCAUCCAGGAGUUCUUUGAUCAUGGUGAGUUGCAUAGGAACUUCAACAAGACUGUGGUGACCUUGAUACGUAAGAGUUCUAAUAUUAGUAGUAUCAAGGAUUAUAGACAUAUUGAUGGUUGCACAACCUUCUAA